AUGCCCACCGACUUCGACAAGCAAAGCUACUGGGGCGAGCGUUUCGCCUCCGAGACCAGUUUCGAGUGGCUGACGCCCUCGGCGACCCUCUUGUCGAUCGCGGACCCGUACCUCGCCGACCUGGACGACUCGGCGCGCAUCCUGCAGCUCGGCUUCGGCACCAGCGACCUGCAGAACCACAUCCGGGCCCGGGGCUUCACGGACGUCACCAACGUCGACUUUGAGCCGCUCGCCAUCGACCGCGGCCGCGUGCUGGAGAAGCAGGUCUUUGGCGACGUCGCCAUGCGCUACCUCGUCGCCGACGUCACGCGCCUCCAGCUGCCGGACAAGUUCGACGUCGUCGUCGACAAGAGCACCGUCGACGCCGUGUCCUGCGGCGGCGUGGACGCGUUCCUGCGGAUGGCGGAGGGGGUGCGCCGCCACCUGAGGGACGGCGGCUUCUGGAUCUCGCUGAGCUACUCGUUCUGCCGGUUCGACGUCGAGGGCUUGCCGUUCGACGUCGAGGUCAUCGCGAAGAUCCCCACGCCCAAGCUGAAGCCCCACGAUCCGGACGUGUACCACUGGUGCUACAUUUUGAGGCCGAAAAGCUGGUAA